UCUUCUGCUGGGCAGAAGGCAGCAGAUAAGCAAAAUGGUUUUCCCACGAACAUUGAAGCUUGGGGGUUUGAUUCUUUGCCAAAGCAAAGGACAAAGUAAAGAAUUUAAAACAUUGCUUUCAGCUGAAGAAACUUUCUAUUCCUAUGAACUGGAUAAAUAUAUAUACAUAUAUGACACAGGCAGAGAUCUUGUGAUCAUCCUAAGACAGAACCAGAGACAAAGACCUGUCUGCUUUUUUGUUGUAAGAAGUCUUUUUGUUAUAUUUGUUGUCGGAGAAUCUUGUAGUCAUGGCUUCAGGAGGAUCAAAGUCGGCAGCUUUCAUGCUUCUAAUGCUAAAUCUUGGUCUCUAUUUCGUCGUCACCGUCAUCGCUUCUUGGGCUGUUAAUCACGGCAUCGAGAGAACUCGCGAGUCCGCGUCGACGCUGUCUCUACCGGCGAAGAUCUUCCCGAUAUACUUUCCCGUGGGGAACAUGGCGACUGGUUUUUUCGUAAUAUUCACGUUGAUCGCCGGCGUCGUCGGAAUGGCCACUUCACUCACCGGAAUCAUGAACGUUCUUCAGUGGGACUCUCCGAAUCUUCACUCUGCCGCCGCUUCUUCUCUCAUCUCUUGGUCUCUCACUCUCCUCGCCAUGGGAUUGGCAUGUAAAGAGAUCAACAUAGGCUGGACCGAAGCUAAUCUGAGAACUCUUGAAGUUCUGACAAUAAUAGUGAGUGCUACUCAGUUGGUGUGCACCGGAGCUAUUCACGUUGGAGUUGGAGAAACCGUGGCUGGAGAAAGGCCUCACGUUGGGAGAGUUUGAGUUUCAAAGAUUAUUGCAUUUGUUUUAAGAUGGUGUAAUUGUAUGCAUGUGUGUUGUGUUUUUGUGUGUUGUUGAUUGAAUUAUUCUUUUACUAUUUUUACUUUUUAUGUACCACGAAUACGAAUGUUACUAUUAUGUGAAAAAAAUGCCUUACCUUUCUA